CGCCUGGCGUCCCAGCUGGGUAACUUCGCCAUUGAUCGUGAUGGAUUGGUUCCUCCCCACCCACUUUCUGCACUUUUCUCGGCUGGCGGCGCUUUUAUAAAGGUUGGGAUGGACUGGCGGAGGGAAUAAAGCCAUUUGUGCUCCCUAUUCAACUCGCUGCCCUCCUUGCCCGCCCUCCUCGCUGCGUUUAAUUCGAUCGAAGAUGGCCCGAAGCUCGAAAGCAACUGCUCCAUCGCUCAUUAGCAAAGUAUCCAAGAAACACCCUGCAUGCCACUCUCCGCCGUUUGCCCAUGCCUGCCCGGAGCCUGGAUGCGGCAAGAGCUGGGCGAGGGCGUACGACCUGAAGCGUCACCUGCUCACCCACCUGCCCCGCGAGGAGAAGGAGUCUGUUAUGCUGCACUGUCUGGUGAAGGACUGCGAGUUCAGGACCUUGCAGCAGGGCAACCUCAACAUCCACAUGAACGUUGUCCACACGAGGAAGCGCCCGCACCACUGUCCUGUCGUGGGCUGCGAAUUCUCGACUUCGGAUCCGGCGAUCAUCAACCGACACCAGAAGAAGCACAUCGCGCGCGGCGAACUGAAGGAGGCGCACGCUCCCGUGGCGCGCCCGAAGAAGGUCUCCGCCGCUGCCACCGUACGGUACAGCGACGACGACGCGUCCUCUACCGCGUCGUCGAGCGCAGCGCCCUCCCCGACCCUGAGUUUCUUAAAUGCGGUUUCUUCCCCCUCGGGCUCGGGCUCCGGCUCCCGACGGUCGUCCCUCUCCCUCUCCCUCUCCCCCUACUCCGCCUAUCCUCCCUCGUCGCUCAUUCCGUCUUUGGGCCACUCCGUGCUGGAUGUGGAUCCCUCCCACGUGCGGGUCCCCUGGGACUCGCCAGCGUACGGGAGACCCGAGCACGAGUGCUCUCCCGCUAGCGUCGCCUUCACGAGCCCGCGGACGCACCCGCCGGUGCUGGGCGGGUACGAGAGUGUCCACGCCCCCUGGGUGCUCGAUCCGCACCUGCUCCUGACGCCGCCGCCGGCUUUCGAUUCCAGCGACUAUGUGCUGUUUGACGAUCCCCUCGCCUUGUUGUAGGAUAGUACAUAUAAGUGCAGGUAUGUAGCAGUGACAGGGGCAUCGAUAAUGAUUAUUGUAAAUUAUCUGGGCGUUGGUUGGUA